CGCGGUAUAUUGUUUCGAGUGUUUCUCAUAUACACUUCUUUCCCUUCAGUCGUAAUAUUAUUCGAUUAUGUGCACAUGGUAGCGGUCACAGUGCGCUGUCAUUUGUGCUGGCAAAAACGUCUGCCACUGCAGCAUGCCGCGCGUAUUUGACAUUCCAUUCAAAUCAUAUGUAAAAGCAACUUGUCGCAGUUAUUUCUAAAAGUUUCACGACGUUCAAAUAUCAUCAGUUAAAUUGUUUAACAAAAAUGAUCACGACAUAACUUUGAUCAUGGUUGCUUACAACUAAAAUUACUAAGCCACAUGGUACAAUGCGCAGCGCUGCUGACUUAUCGUCGUCACCACUUAAGCGCCGUCAUCACUGCCAUAAUCGUAACGCCUAACCUCGACGAACACCUAUGCUAUAUUAUUUCGUAUCCAUAUCCUCUCUUGGUAACAAUUAUUGUGCUAAACCCACAGUUUUGUAUGAGUAUCCUGUUUAACACCGAUAUGAUAUAAGCGGGUUUAUAACAGAAAAAAUAAACCAAUGCACCUUAUAUAUCGCACGUGAAACACAAUAAAAAAUCAGCCAGCCAAAAACCCACAUAGCAAAACAAAAAUAUCAAUACAACCUGAAAAUAUAUUUGAAUCAUCAUUGGUAAUAUCGGCCAGCAUUAUCUUGGUAGCUCUAACUACCUGAACUACUUCCGCGCUUGAUUUUCAAAACUUGAUAAAACAAUGCACAUCAAAAAUUUGCAACAUGCCCAUGCGGCCUCCGCUGCAAUGGGGAAUUGUGAGAUUGUCAUUGUGUCAUCGUCGCCGAAUAAUGCUGCAACGAGUGCCAACAACAAUAACAAUAAUAAUAAUAGCAACAACAAUAAUGAGAAUAACGCGGGAUCACACCAUCAGCAGCAACAGCAAUCCCAGCAACAACAACAGCAGCAGCACCAGGCGCCAACUACAACAGAAAUACCGAUUCCGUUCAAUAUGCACCUGGCCGCGGCCAACACGGAAGCGCACGUUGCUGCACAAGCAGCCGCAAUGGCGGCAGCACAAGCCGCCGCUGCACAAGCUGUCGCUGCUGAGCAACAGCAGGCUUCGGGUGGCAGUAACGGUGCGAAUGCCACAACAAUUUUGCAGCAACAUCCCUUAGCGCAUCUGGUAGCGACAGCAGCUCACAGUCCAGCCUUGUCAGAGCAUCACUUCGCUGCCGGUCGGGAAGUGGUUGCAAAUGGACACAGUGCGGGCAGCAGUACGAAUGGUGGCGGUGGCGGCGGAGCCAAUAGCAGCGGUAGUAGCGGUGGUGGUGGUGGUGGUCAUGAAAAACCUUUUCUCUGCAGCGUUUGCGAUCGGCGGUUUCGGCAAUUGAGCACACUCACCAACCACGUGAAAAUACAUACCGGCGAGAAACCCUACAAAUGUAACGUUUGUGAUAAAACCUUUCGUCAAUCGUCCACGCUAACGAAUCACCUAAAGAUACACACCGGUGAAAAACCAUUUAAUUGCACAUAUUGUCCGAAGAAUUUCCGACAAUUAAGUACCCUAACGAAUCAUGUGAAAAUCCAUACUGGUGAGAAACCAUUCGAAUGUGCCGUUUGUAAGAAACAAUUCCGUCAAUCAAGUACACUUAACAACCAUAUAAAGAUACACGUUAUGGACAAGGUGUACGUACCCGUUAAGAUAAAGACGGAAGAGGAGGAGGGAUGACUAGAGGAUAUGGUGAUCGCAGGUACACACCAGCGCCCUGCGAAUCAUCAUCGCAAUGUGAUCACAACCACAAUACAAGCACCAGUAACAACAGCAGCAGCAGUGGCGGCCGCUGCAUCAGCCGCCAAUCAUCAUAUACAUCAACAACAGCAACAACAACA